AUCGCCAGGAAUAGUGACUGUCGCACUGAUGGUAACAUAACUGUCAGUAUCUGGUGCACCAGCGGAUGACUCUCCUGAUGUAUCCACAGGUGUGUAGAUGAUCUGUGUUCCGGGGGUUCCAUCAGUGGCGGGGAUAAUCUGUGUGACAUUCUCGCUAGCAUCAGCGAACCUGGUGUUGGGUUCUAUGACAGUAAAGUCAUCGUUGCUAUCGCUCGGAGUCAAGGUAAGUGCAUCGGGGUUGCUUGAAGCAGGUGUUGUGAUGCCACUGACUGAAUCAUCAGUGGUGGGCACUGCCGAUACUGAGGCAGGACCAGUAGGAACUGGAGGAGGAGUCUCAAUGAGCACGGUUCCGGGAUCUCCAGGGGAGCCAGGAGGGUAGUAAGUAGUGUACGGUGCAGUAAGAGAAUCAGGACCGUCAGUGUAAAUAGUCACGUUCCUGCCUUCCUCAGAGGCAGACUCAGCAUCAGUAGCCACCGUCUGAAUGAAAACAGUUCCUGGCUGGCCUGGUGUUUGUGGGGGUGCGUAACUGGUGAUGGGAGUCUUGACGCCUGGGGGAGCCAAGGUAUAGAGAGUAACAUUGGUGCCUGGUGCCUCAGAUGUGGUCUCAGAAAUGGGGGCUGGAGUCUCAAUGAUGAUCGUUCCAGGCUGUCCAGGCGUA